AGUUUCAUUUUGGUGUUGAAGGUGAAAAGUAAAAAUUAGAAUGUUGAAAAAGCUCGUGUUACUAACGUUCAUUGGAUUUGUGGCUAGCCAGGGUGUUCUAGAUACUCGUUGUCCACUUGAUAAUAAUCCACCAACAAGACUUCCACACGAUACAGACUGUACAUUAUUCUACGUGUGCAAUUUCGGUUCAAGAUUCCUAAUGCCACCAUGUCCAGCUCCUAUGCAAUUUGACACACCAUCCUCAUCUUGCCGUACGCCUCCUGUAGUUUGUGGACCGAUUGAUAUACCUACAGUUCCUCCACCCCCUACAGCACCUCCAACACUUCCGCCUACUAUACCACCCACAGAUCCACCUACGCAACCACCCACAGUUCCACCAACAGUUCCACCAACAGAACCCCCCACUGUACCACCGACUGUGCCACCAACAGACGCACCGACAGACCCACCAACAGACGUUCCCGCCACUGCACCUCCAGUUGUCCCAACUGUUCCAAAUGAGAUUCCAACCGUACCAACAGGAGCUUCAUUCUUAUUCUUUCGAUAAAUAAAACUGACAACAUGCGCUUUUAUAACAAAUUAUCUAAUCAACUGUUGAAUAUAAAAAAUAACGAAAUUAAAGGAAAUUAAUUAUUUAUUUAUAUUAAUCUCUACUUUGUUUAACCAUAAAAUAUAUUUUCAAAGCAAUAAACAUAAUUUCAUCAUGCUGUAUAAUAAUUUAAUAACUUUGUCAUUUUAUUCUAAGGCAAAUGGGAAUGGCGAUAAGAAAUCGAUGUCAUCAGUCACAUUUAAUCUUGAUUAAAAUUUUAUUAUAUUUUAUAAAUAAAGAAUUCGGUGUAAUUCCUUCCGAG